UUCUUUUCUUUUUUCAUUUUUUUUUAAAGUUUUUUUUUUCUUGAAGACAUUCAUCCGGGCCGAGCCGGCAAUUAAAAAAAACAAUAUCGGUGCGCAGUUUUGGAGGCUCGGUGGUGAUGUGAGGGGCUGAUAACACAUUUCAGCAACAAAAGAGAGGGGCAGAGAGAGAGAGAGAGAGGGAGAAGGCCCUUUGAAGGAGAAAACAGCGAGGAAGAGCCAUCACAAAUAAGGAGGACAAACCGGGAUAUAUUGGACUGCUCCGGAAUUGGAGGUGGUGGGGAUCCUGUCGAAAAGACGACCGCAGUGAGUUCGGAGCUGUUUAGGGCUGAUUUGAUGCAGAGAAUGGAAAGGAGCCGGAUGGCGACGGAAGCAAUGAGAAUAUCACACAUGUAGCUCGUUUGUGUGUAAAUAUUAUUUUCCUUCCUCCUAUCCUGCAGGGCCCCGACGUAGACAGUGGUCGGGGAGACAGAGAAACAGAUUGAUAGCAUAAGUGUUCACCUCUGAAAAUGUUUAUCAUGAGGGGAGACGAGGAAACGAGCCGCGCCACAGCACGGACGACCUUUUCGGACACGCCGUGUUCGGCUUCUUGUCAUGGGCAGCAGUGAGACGCAAGACCCGGGCUUUUGGAAAUGCAAAUUAGGCUGUUGAUUCUGCCUCCGUUUGAGGUGAAACCCCGAUUUUUGGUGUUUUAACAGAAGUGUGGAUUACAGUUCUCAGCGUUACACAGGUGACGGGGGGAGUGUGGGGGAAACUAAACAAAAACUACAGUGCAUGUGAAGGAGGAAAAAGCCCGAGUAGGAUUCAGCAAACUGAGAAGGCGGCCUCGGUGUCGUCAGCAACAGUAUCCUGCCCUUUCUCUGACAGCAAAAUACGCGUUAUGGACACAUAAUUUAUCCAGUGCUGCACCACGGACAGUGUUUGGAGCAGACCAGGGACGUUGAACGGUGUAAAUGUGGGUGACAUUGCUCCCAAAUCUACGGGUCAAACGAGGGAUCUAGACUAGUUUAUUUAUUUAUUUUUCUUUCUACAUACCCCCCUCCACCUCUACUUCUUGUUCUUCCUCCACCUCCUCCUCCUCCUCCUCCCCUGGACCCCCUUUUUUUUUUUCUUGCGGGAAGAUGGGUUGUUUGGGCAACAGUAAGACCGAAGACCAGAGAAAUGAAGAGAAGGCACAAAGAGAAGCAAACAAAAAGAUAGAGAAGCAGCUCCAAAAAGACAAACAGAUAUACAGAGCAACACACAGACUACUACUUCUAGGAGCUGGAGAGUCAGGAAAGAGCACCAUAGUGAAACAGAUGAGAAUCCUACAUGUCAACGGCUUCAAUGCAGAAGAGAAGAAGCAGAAAAUUCAGGACAUCAAAAAUAAUAUUAAAGAGGCUAUUGAGACCAUAGUAACAGCUAUGAGCCACCUGACACCGCCAGUGCAGCUGGUGAGCCCAGAGAACCAGUACCGCAUCGAAUACGUCCUCAACCUCGUCAACCAGAAGGACUUUGAGUUUCCAUCAGAGUUUUACGAACAUGCGAAGACAUUGUGGCAGGACGAGGGGGUCAGGGCGUGUUACGAGAGAUCCAACGAGUACCAGCUGAUCGACUGUGCACAAUACUUUCUAGACAAGAUUGACAUUGUGAAACAGAGUGAUUACACUCCAACAGAUCAGGAUUUGCUGCGGUGCAGAGUACUGACUUCAGGGAUCUUCGAGACAAGAUUCCAAGUGGACAAAGUUAAUUUCCAUAUGUUCGAUGUUGGGGGUCAAAGAGACGAACGACGGAAAUGGAUUCAGUGUUUUAACGAUGUAACAGCCAUCAUUUUCGUGGUGGCCAGUAGCAGUUACAACAUGGUGAUCAGAGAGGACAAUCAGACAAACCGAUUACAGGAGGCUCUCAACCUCUUCAAGAACAUCUGGAACAACAGGUGGCUGCGGACCAUUUCUGUUAUCUUGUUCCUAAAUAAACAGGACCUGCUAGCAGAGAAGGUGCUGGCAGGGAAGUCCAAAAUCGAGGAAUACUUUCCUGAAUUUGCUCGCUACACUACACCUGAUGACGCAACACCAGAGCCUGGAGAAGAUCCACGUGUUACAAGGGCAAAGUACUUCAUAAGAGAUGAAUUCCUGAGGAUCAGCACAGCAAGCGGGGACGGGAGGCACUACUGUUACCCACACUUCACCUGUGCCGUUGACACAGAAAACAUCCGGCGUGUCUUCAAUGACUGUCGAGACAUCAUCCAGCGGAUGCACCUGCGGCAGUACGAGCUGUUGUGAUGGGAAAGGAAAGGGGUUCAGCCAAAAACACAGAAACAGAUUGGACAAUGAGAAACCCUGAACCCUGAGUCGCUUAAUUUCCCUCUUCCACAGAAGUGUGAGAGCUCUUGUGAAGGAACGGGGGCCAAAACACACACACACACACACACACACACACACACACACACACACACAC